AUGGGUCGUGCUCGAACUCGUUCCGGUUUCAUCUCCGUCGCUUUCGGAUCUCUCCGGUCUCUGUUCCCUCGCAACGUCCGUACUAACAACAUGAAGAGAAAAACAGGAAAGUUUUUGGGGGUAUCGAUAUCACUGAUUCUGAUAAACUUAGCAGCGAUAAUGGAGAGAGCAGACGAGAAUCUACUGCCUUCGGUGUACAAAGAAGUGAGUGAAGCAUUUAACGCAGGACCGUCGGAUUUAGGCUACUUAUCAUUCGCGAGAAACUUUGUUAGAGGACUCGCAUCGCCACUAGCAGGUGUUCUCGUCAUUACCUAUGACCGUCCCAUUGUUCUUGCAAUUGGUACUUUCUGUUGGGCUUUAUCAACUGCUGCUGUUGGAGCCAGCAAGUACUUCAUUCAGGUUGCUUUGUGGAGAGCAGUGAAUGGGUUUGGACUGGCGAUUGUAAUACCGGCGCUUCAGUCGUUUAUAGCGGAUAGUUACAAGGAUGGUACGAGAGGAGCUGGUUUCGGUUUGUUCAAUCUCAUUGGUACAAUCGGUGGUAUAGGAGGAGGUGUGGUUGCUACGGUUAUGGCCGGUUCUGACUUCUGGGACAUACCCGGAUGGCGUUGUGCUUUCAUUAUGAUGGCUACGCUUAGUGCAGUCAUCGGAUUACUCGUUCUUCUCUUUGUCGUUGACCCGAGGAAGAACAUUGACCGAGAGGAAGUCAUGGUUCAUAAGACGAAUACAAGCUCGGUUUGGAACGAGUCAUGGGUAGCUAUAAAAGCAGUGGUGAAAGUAAGGACCUUUCAAGUCAUCAUCUUGCAAGGAAUCGUUGGUUCGUUGCCGUGGACCGCCAUGGUUUUCUUCACAAUGUGGUUUGAGCUUAUCGGCUUUGAUCAUAACCAGACGGCUUCUUUGCUCGGUGUGUUUGCGACCGGAGGAGCGAUAGGAACGUUAACCGGAGGGAUCAUCGCGGACAAAAUGUCGCGGGUGUUUCCGAAUUCCGGUAGAGUCAUGUGUGCGCAGUUCAGUGCGUUCAUGGGGAUACCAUUCUCGAUCAUUCUCCUGAAAGCAAUCCCACAGAGCACAGAGAGCUACUCGGUCUUCUCAGUCACUCUCUUCUUGAUGGGUCUUACCAUAACUUGGUGCGGUUCAGCGGUUAACGCGCCCAUGUUCGCUGAAGUGGUUCCUCCUAAGCACCGGACGAUGAUCUACGCGUUCGACCGGGCCAUCGAAGGGUCGUUCUCGUCUGUCGCUGCGCCUUUGGUUGGGAUAUUGUCGGAGAAGAUGUUUGGGUAUGACUCGAAAGGGAUUGAUCCUUUGAAAGGCUCAUCUGUUCGUGAGGCUGAGGCGCUCUCCAAGGGGCUUUUGUCGAUGAUGGCUGUUCCGUUUGGGCUGUGUUGUCUCUGUUACACUCCGUUGCAUUUUGUUUUUCAGAAAGAUAGAGAGAACGCGAAAAUGGCGACUUCUAAAGAUACUGAAAUGAUCUGA